UUAUUUAUACCUUCUAUUACUAUACUAUUUGUUCUGUUUGUUUACACUAUUUGUCAUUGCCGCUCAAUUUUCAAUUUUACGUAGCCCCCUACAAUGUACGAAGUCCAAACUUAGGGUACCCCUUCUUGGGAAGGUUAGGUUAGAUUUGGACCAACAUUCAUCAAUGAGGAAAACAAAUAAUUAUUCAUAUUGUAACUGUCUGACUCGAAUCGAAAAGCUAUGGUGAAACAGAGGCGUUGACCCAAGAAAUAAGAUCAGGCACAUGUCGCGCCUUAUCUUCUCGAUAUUGUUCUACACUUCUGAAAGCAUAUUCAAACCAAGCCAGUGUGCGCACGAGCACUGACGCAUUCGAAAUGUGGUGUUGGCGCAAGAUGCUCGGUAUAUCUUGGACAAAAGGAAAAACAAAUGUACUUUUCUGACAAAGACUACAUAAAAGGCAGCCAAUGGCUGCGGCAGCGGCAGUAGCGCUGCGAGCGCCGGGCGCGGGGCGCAUGCGCGCGUGGCGCGUGCACGCGUACGGCGCGCUGGCCGAGCUGCGGCUGGACGAGGCGCGCGUGCCGCCGCUGCGGCGCCCGCGCGACGUGCUGGUGCGCGUGCGCGCCGCCUCGCUCAACCCCAUCGACGUGGCCAUGAUCGGCGGCUACGGCGCCCGCGCGCUCAACACGCUGCGCGCGCUCGACGGCGCCGACGGCGUGGAGUUCCCGCUGGUGCCGGGCCGCGACUUCGUGGGCACGGUGGAGCGCGCGGGCCCCGCGGCGCGGCUGCGGCCCGGCCAGCGCGUGUGGGGCGUGGUGCCGCCGCACUGCCAGGGCUCGCACGCCGACUUCGUCGUCGUCAAAGAUGAAUGGGCGGGAGUGGCUCCGCGGGCGCUGGAGGACGCGGCGGCGGGCGGCGCGCUGUACGCGGCGCUGACGGCGUGCGCGGCGCUGCGGGCGGCGGCGCUGGGCCCGCGGCCGCGCGUGCUGCUGCUGGGGCUGGGCGGCGUGGGGCAGGCGGCGCUGCAGCUGCUGGUGGCGCGCGGCGCGCACGUCACGGUGGGCUGCUCCGGCGAGCUGGCGGGGCUGGCGGAGCGGCUCGGCGCCGCCGUCGUGCUCGACCGCCACGCGCCGGAAUAUGACCACCAGCUGGAGGCGUGCAGCCCGUACUCGGCGGUGCUGGACUGCGCGGGGCUGGGCGGCGAGGAGGCGGCGGCGCGGCGCUGGCGGUUCGCGCGCUACGUGACGCUCAGCACGCCGCUGCUGCGCCAGAUGGACGCGCGCGGGCUGGCGGCGGGCGCGCUGUGCGCCGGCGCGGCGCUGCUGGCGCAGAGCGCGCGCGUGGCGGGCGCGGGCGCGGCCGGCGCGCUGCCGCCGCACGUGCGCUGGGCCUUCUUCUCGCCGUCCGCCGCCGACAUCGAGCUGCUGCGGCGGCUGGCGGAGCGCGGCCAGUUCGCGGUGUGCGUGGAGCGCGUGUGGGCGUGGUGGCGCGCGGCGGAGGCGUUCGAGCGCGCGGCGCGGGGGGGGGCGCGCGGCAAGCUGCUGCUGGACUGGACGGCGCCGCCCCCGCAGCCCGCCUGAGUCUCGCCGCUGUUCCGUGCUGACUGACCGUACUGCGCUGUCAAUUUACGAAGCACGGCAUGGUACUUGCGAUAUAAAGUAAAUCGUAAGAUAAAUAGUACAUCCGCGUCUGAUGUUUCAUCUCGAAACUAUCCGACUCAUCUCUCAGAUCAAAUACUUCAGGACUAUUUUCAGAGCGGUUUCAAACUAGCGGACAUUCCGCGCGACUUCACUGUUUGUAAUGACGUUGCCGCAGUCGUAUGGGAAAGAACAACAGAUGUCCAUUCAUACCAUCCAUCCAACCUUAGAUACGAUUUUAUAUAUAUUACGAUAUUGCGAUUUGCGUUUAUAAAUAAAGAAAUUACCACAAAUUACUUGUUUUGUGGCAGAUGCUACGGUGUUCAACAGUUUCAUAGACUUGGCGUUGACUGUAGGUAGGUACUAUUUUUGAAAAAAUAUGGUUAUUGUAAAAAAUAGGUAUAGUAACAGAAAGUUCGAGAAGUAAAUAAGUAUACUAUC